AAAACACGCCACUUUUUAUAAAUACUGAAAAAUAACCUCAAAACAAAACUUUUACGAAAGUAAAUAGUGAGUUUAUUUAUAUUGUUUGUAUUUUAGAUAAAGAAAUGGCAGAAGAAAAUGGAACAGUCGAUGCUGUUGAGAAAGCUCCCGAAGACAAAGAAGAGCAGGUUGAAGAAGAAUAUGCAUACUUAGAUCGAGGUGGUUUUUCUUCGGAAAAGUUUAAAAUUGAGCUGCGUGGUUUGCCUAAGUUUUAUGGGAUAGCGGAACUAAAAAAGUUAAUGAACCAGAAACUGGGAUUGAAAACAAGUAAAAUCAAAAGGCCUAGGAAUGGCAGCCAGUGGUUGUAUGCAUGUUUUCAGAAUGAUGAGGAUCGGAAGAGUGCCGUUGAGGCACUCAAUGGUUAUUCCUGGAAAGGAAAGACCUUAAUUGCUGAAGAAGCUAAACCUGCCCCAGAUCCUUUAGUUAGAAAGAGAAAACAAGAUGAAGAAGUAAGCCAGAACAAGAAGAAGAAAGAAGAGGACAACAGGAGUCAAGAGGAGAAGUUGAAAGAUGCUACCACUCCUUACUGGAAUAUUGCUUAUGAGGAACAGUUGAAACUAAAAGAAAAGGAAAUAAAGCAGAUACUUAUGAAGUUUGACAAUGAAAGGUGGAAAAUAGACAAGAGUAGGCGUAAUGAGAUUGAAGUUAACAGAAAGGUUCAUGAUGGCCUGAGUUUUGAGUUAAGGCCGAUCGAGAAGUCCCCUGUUACUGUGGGGUAUAGAAAUAAGUGUGAGUUCACAGUGGGGUAUGAUGAAGAGACCAAGUUGCCCACUGUCGGGUUCAGGUUGGGCAGUUAUGUGACUGGCACAGUAGCCGUUGGACCCAUACAAGAAAUGAUACACAUCUCUGAAAAGACCAAGAAAGCUGUUUUGCUAUUUCAAGACUUUGUCCGUAAAUCAAAGAUGGCGCCGUUCUCUCCAGCUGACUACACAGGGUACUGGAGGUUCCUUACCGUACGGGACUCCACUUCAACCGGAGAUGUCAUGCUUAUAGUCGUUAUGCAUCCCCAGAAUCUAACAGAAGAAGAAAUAGAUCAGGUGAAAAAGGAUUUAAUCGAACAUUUUAAUUCAGAGGAAGCGGUCGCGUGCGGAAUUAAAUCUCUAUAUUUCGAACUGGCUGUCAAAAAACGAGUGGGCGAGGAUGGAGCUAAACCAGUGCAUCUAUCUGGCUCCACGCAUAUAAUUGACACAAUACUUGGCAAACAGUUUAGGAUAUCGCCAGAAGCAUUUUUCCAGGUGAAUACGGCAGGUGCUGAGGUAUUAUACCAAAGUGCGAUCGAGCUGAGCCAAGUGGAGAAGGAUUCUACCGUUCUUGAUAUAUGCUGCGGUACCGGUACCAUUGGACUGUGCUUUGCUCCGCAUUGUGGAAGAGUAUUAGGCUUGGAAAUGAUAACGGAAGCGGUGAAGGAUGCAAGAGCGAACGCCGAGCUGAACGGUAUACAGAACUGUGAUUUCUUCGCUGGCAAGGCCGAGGAUAUUCUGACAUCGGUACUAGCUAGGGCUGAUGGGGAUGACAUUAUUGCUAUCGUGGAUCCACCCAGAGCUGGAUUACACAUGAGAGCAGUAACACAACUAAGGAACACCCGUAAAGUGACUCGCUUAGUCUACAUCUCAUGCAGUCCAUCGUCAGCUGUGAAGAACUUCGUGGACCUCACGAGGCCGAGUUCCAAGACGUUAAGAGGAGCACCCUUCGUGCCUGUCCGCGCUGUACCUGUCGACAUGUUCCCGCAGACCAAACACGUCGAAUUGGCUAUAUUGUUCGAAAGAGAGGAAGCACCGUCUUCAGUAGGAGAAACUAAAUCAGAUGGUGCCACGCAAGAGGACGCUGCAACCCAAGAAACAAGUGAGACUACAGAUGUAGAUAGACAAGAAACUGAUGAUAAUAAUGUAGCGUAAAGCUA